AUGAAGUUGAACGUUCUUGUUACGGCGCUAAGCAGUGUUUCUGCGGUGUGGGCAGCGCAAUUGACGCAGGUUUCCAAUUACGGGGGCAGUGCCAAAGCCAAACCUCAGAUGUGGGUGUACAAGCCCGAUAGUGUGAAGACUGAUGCACUCGUGGUCGCAAUUCAUUCUUGUCAGUCGUCGGCACAAAAGUACUUCCAGAACAACAAGAUACCAUGGAAGCAGGGCUCAGACAGGAAGGGUUACGUUACAGUAUGGCCUAGCUCGACUACAGAGUGCUGGGACGUGUCGAGCAAGGCAUCUUUGACCCACGAUGGAGGUGGUGAUUCGAACGCAAUUGCCAACAUGAUUAAGUAUGCUAUCGAGACGUACAAGAUUGAUCCCGCGAAGGUUUUCGUUACAGGUGGAUCGUCCGGAGCUAUGAUGUCCAAUGUACUUGCCGCGACCUAUCCUGAGAUCAUCACGGCCGUCUCUCUGUACUCUGGUGUUCCGGCUGGAUGCUUUGUCUCUUCCAGCGGGCAAGCCGCUGCCUGGAACAACACUUGCUCGGGAGGCCAGUCUCGCGCGAGCGGCCAGCAAUGGGGCAACGUAGUGCGAGGCAUGUACCCCAACUACAACGGCACUCGCCCGAGGAUGCAAGUGUGGCACGGGUCGACCGACAGCACGCUCUCACCUAACAACUAUCAAGAGACUAUCAAACAGUGGACGAAUGUGUUUGGUGUCAGCGAAACACCGACGAGCUCCAAGCCGGACACGCCGGAGAAGAAUUAUCGCACAGAUGACUUCGGGCCAAACCUACAAGGCAUCUGGGCACAAGGAGUCGGGCACAGCGUUCCGUCUCAUCUGGAUCAAUCAGAAGCAUGGUUUGGGCUUUAG